AUGUCAGAAUCAAAUUUCGAAAAAGUUAUCUCUGAAAUCAUUUUUGACAGUCCUGCUGGAGAAAUUAAACAAGUUUAUGAUUCUUUAAUCACAAUCGUUGGUGAAAACUCCAAGGAUACAUUACUUAAUGUGAUCGAACAAUACAAUAUAAAGAACAACAUCCCAAUUGAUGUAGAUGGUAAUAACAUUCUUCUCUCCGAAAAUAAUAAAGAUGGUGCCUCGAGAUAUUUCGAUCCAAUAAAUGGUGUUUCAUUUACUGUUGACCACAUGAAUCGUAAAGGUCUAGACGUGGAACCAUAUCAAGCCAAAGGAUUUACCGAUAACCAGAAGAGUUUGUACCAAUCGAUUUUGGAUUAUACAACUAAUGCAUACCCUGGUGAUGUGACAAUUGCUGUGUAUCCAAUAAUUGAAGGAGAUACUGAAGAGGCUAUCAAAUUGGAGAUUAUCAUUUCUAGUACCAAAUACAAUCCAGAUAAUUUUUGGAACGGUGAUUGGAGAUCCAAAUAUGUUUAUGAUAAGAAUUUGUCGCAAUUAACUGGUACUAUCGAUGUUCAAAUACAUUAUUAUGAGGAUGGUAAUGUAAGUUUCAAAUCGAAUAAAACUAUUGAACAAAAUAAUGUAAAGGAUAUUGCAGCUACCAUAUCAGACAUAGAGAAAGAAUUUGAAAAUUCUUUGGACGUAUCAUUUACAGAAUUAAACGAAAAACAAUUUAAGUCCUUAAGAAGAAGAUUGCCAAUUACUAGAUCUAAAAUCAACUGGGGUAAAGCCAUCGGUAAUUAUAGAUUAGGCAAGGAUGCAGCUGAAGGUGCCUGA